GAAACCAGAUAGAAGGUAACCAAUCAGAAUGAUUCCGUUACAAUUCCGUUCCGCUUUUUAAUCAAUGGGUUCCCCAUGGCACGGAACCAUUACGGAACGGAAAAAUUUAUAACCUCAUCCAUAUGAAAAAUUCGCGAAGUGUCUACCGAGAUUCAUUUUACAACGUACGCUUUUGGCCACAACGAAGCAAAUAAAAAGCAAUGUCGUCAUCGGAUAAAUUCAAAUGUGGAUAUUGCGGCUGGAUUGUUUGGCGUAAUGAAAAUGGACAAGUUUCACAUGGUUGCUUUGCAAAGUGUAAAGAAUUAUUAAUGGACAAAGAUAGAAAUCUCUUUAGAAAUGAUUCUUUAGGAACACAUUUGCAUGUGGGAAAUGAGAUUGAUGGAAACAACACUAUUGAAAAAAGUACUGCCUACAAAGAAAAUAUUGAGGAACACACUGCUCAAGAUACAGAAAAACUAGAUGAAGAUUUAAUAAGUGCAGUAAAAGAGAGACCAGUCUUAUAUGAUUUUCGCAUACCAGUUUUUUAUUUCUUUUACAAUUAUAUCCUUUUGUAA